AUGGGAAAAUCAAAAGCAGCAUUACAAAACGCACUUGAACAACUUUCCAGGCAACAAAAUGAUAUUUCUACCUCGUUUCAGUCUUCCGCCUCCUCAACUUCAUUACCAAUCUCUUCAACGCUUCCUUCCAAGCGCCCAAAAUGUGAUGAUAUUCCUGAAGAUUUGGACCUUAACGAUGUUUAUUAUCCAAAAUAUUCAGUUCUUCAAUUAAUCUCAACCAGAAGAAAGCCUCGAACGCAAUCGACACCCCCACGACCGCCAAAUUCUUUCUUUCUCAUGAAAAAUUGUUACAUGUUAGAAUUAAGGAAAUUGGGGUAUAGGUUUUGUAUGCCAGAUGUUUGCCGUCAAAGCAAACAAAUCUGGUCAAACAUCCCUAUCGAGGUUAAAGAGAGAUACGAUAAUUUAGCGUUGCAAGCACAAAUUCUUCAUCAAGAGAUGUACCCCGGGUACAAAUUUCAACCAAAGAAAAGGCAAAUUUUUAAGUCACACGUCUUUCCUACCGAGGAAACCUCCGUUGAUAGUAGCAUGAUAAACACCUUUAGCAUGACAAAUUUUCUUGCGAAUAAUUCAACCACAGAGAAUGAUACCAAACCAAAAGAUUUAGAACAUUUAGAGUCUUCACGAUUUCUUUCACCGCCUCAUACUCCCCAAACGAUUUCUUCCCCAACAGUUUCCUCCACUUCAUCAUCUUCAAAUGAAUCGGAAUUAGAAUUUUCGCCUAGUUCACCAAUUCCACCUUCAUUUAGACCAACCCAAUCUCCCAUGACGUUGCUCCCCGAGCCAAUUAACCCGAGUGCUCCAAUUGAUCCCGAAUUAUUAUUUGGAUAUU